ACGCCGUGUUGCAGUCGGGAUUACAGCCGCCCAGCGCCGCCGAGCAGAGCCCCCCCCCCCGCGGAUGGUGAGCGGUCGGGCGCAGGUGGGGACGGGGGCGAGACGGGAACCGGACGGGAAGCGCCGUUGAGUGACACGUUGACACAAGCGGCGGAGAGGAAUCUUCCAAACUCCAGCGGCGGACCCGCUCCAACAUCUGUCCCCACGCCGCCGCCACCGCCGCCGUCUGUCACCUCUCGGAGUCUCGCUCGGAUGGAGCUGCGGCGGGAGCGCCAGGCGAGGCAGAGGAAGGGGGGCCGGAGGAUGAAGACCAGGGUCACCCUGAAGCAUCAGCAACAGAAGGACAGGUGUCCCCGACCAAAGACGGAGUACCACUCGGAGCAGGAUUUCUUUUGCUAAGUUUUCCGACAGCUUCUUCCUCCGAGUGGAAGAAGAUCCCAUGCCAAGACAGGAAUUAUUCUUUUCCCAGAGGUGGCUGAAGAUCUCCAAAAAGGCUUAGCAGAAAUAUGCAUGCUGGCAGCCGUCCCCCCAAAGCAUCCUGGGACAUUUUACCUGAGAUCCCUCCCCGGAGGUAGCCCUUUCGCCUUCCCGAGCGGAACACUUAGCCAGCAGCGAGUGUGAACAGCCACCAUGUGUUAAUUUGCUGGCGCUGAUAUCGCUCUAUCACGCCGCAUCACACCGACACCCCCCCCCCCACCCCCCCGUCCCCCCUCCUCCCCCUCUUCACCAGCCAGUGAUAAUGUGACCUUCUGCCAAAGUGCUGGAGACCAUGCCGCCAUCGCAGCGGGCUGCUCUGUCGCUGCUACUGAAAUAGACUCAAACAAGUGCAGGCGAAGGAAGAGAAAGAAGGGGGAGACGAAAAGGGGGAGCGGAAGAGGAGACUGGAGCAGGGAGAAAGGAAAAGCGAGGCGGGAAGAGGAACACGGGCACGGGAUGCGAGGUGACGGGUCCAGGCUGGAUGUGGAUCGCCAUCACAGGCAGUAGGCGACUGAGAUGGGCGUUCGUUUAGGCUCCUUGAGCGACUCCUUGUGGUGGCCGCCGGUGCUGCUGCUGCUGCUCUUCGGCGCCGCCCCCCGCUGCUCGGCCCGGCCGUUCGGGAUCCCGGCGCCCGCCGUCAACGUGGCGGUGGUGUUCAGCGGCUCCGCCUACCAGACGGAGAUCAAGGGGCGGCUGAGUCGGGAGAACUUCAUGGACCUGCCGCUGGAGGUGAACCCCAUCACUGUGCUGGUGAACAACACCAACCCCCGGGCGCUGCUCACGCGCAUCUGCGACACGCUCUCCACCAACCGCGUCCAUGGCGUGGUGUUUGAGGACAACGUCGGCUCGGAGGCCGUGGCCCAGAUCCUGGACUUCCUCUCGACUCAGACAGGCGUGCCCAUCGUGGGGAUCAGUGGAGGCUCCGCUGUGGUCCUGCCGUACAAGGGUGAGGGCUCCAACUUCCUCCAGCUGGGCUCCUCCAUCGAGCAGCAGAUCAACGGCAUGUUCAAGGUGAUGGAGGAGUACAACUGGAACAGCUUUGUGGUCAUCACCAGCCUCUACCCGGGCUACGAGACCUACGUGGAUUACGUCAAGGUCUUCAUCGACACCAGCUACUUCAUGUGGGAGCUCCAGGACGUGUUGACCUUCGACAUGUCCGCCGACAACAUGAACGACAUCCGAGCGAGGCGGCUGCUGCAGCAGAUAGACUCCCAGGUCCUCUUGGUCUACUGCUCCCACGAAGAGGCCCAGUACCUCUUCACCAUGGCCACCGAGGCCGGACUGGUGGGGCCGGGCUACAUCUGGAUCAUCCCCAGCCUGGCUGUGGGCAACCCGGACGUGCCGCCGCCCGACAGCUUCCCCGUGGGGCUCAUCAGCAUCAUCACAGACCGCUGGCGGAUGAGUCUGAGGAAGAGGGUGCGGGACGGGGUGGCCAUUGUGGUGAAAGGGGUGCAGAGCUUUCGAAAGCAGAGGGGCUUCACGCCGGAGGGCCACAACGACUGCCACAACCCGGUCAAGUCCGUAGCUACCAACGACACGCUGUUCAGGCACAUGCUGAAUGUGACGUGGGAGCACAACGACUUCUCCUUCAACACCAACGGUUACCUGGUCAACCCUUCCAUGAACAUCAUCACGCUGGACAGGGAAAAGCAGUGGGACAAGGUGGGCACCUACGAGAAGAGCAUCCUGCAGAUGAGAUACCCCGUGUGGCCGCGCUACGGCUCCUACCUGGAGCCCGUGUCCGAUUACAGGCACCUGACGGUCGCCACGCUGGAGGAGCGGCCUUUUGUCAUCGUGGAGGCCGUGGACCCGUUGACCGGCACCUGCGUCAGCAACACGGUGCCAUGCCGACGCCAGUCCAACAAGACGGAGGCCAUCGUGGGCCACACGGAACCCUACACCAAGCUGUGCUGCAAAGGUUUCUGCAUCGAUAUCCUCAAGAAGCUGUCCCGCAACAUCAAGUUCUCCUACGACCUCUACCUGGUCACCAACGGCAAACACGGCAAGCUGGUCCGCGGAAUUUGGAACGGGAUGAUCGGUGAGGUUUUCUACAAGCGUGCCGACAUGGCCAUCGGCUCGCUGACCAUCAAUGAGGAACGCUCAGAGAUUAUCGACUUUUCCGUGCCGUUUGUGGAGACCGGCAUCAGCGUGAUGGUGGCCAGGAGUAACGGGACCGUCUCGCCGUCUGCCUUUUUAGAGCCCUACAGUCCGGCGGUCUGGGUGAUGAUGUUCGUCAUGUGUCUCACCGUGGUGGCCAUCACUGUGUUUGUCUUUGAAUACUGCAGUCCUGUCGGCUACAACCGCAGCCUGGUGACGGCUAAAGAUCCCGGCGGUCCCACCUUCACUAUCGGGAAGUCGGUAUGGCUGCUGUGGGGAAUCGUCUUCAACAACUCGGUGCCCAUCGAGAACCCCAAAGGAACCACCAGCAAGAUCAUGGUCCUGGUGUGGGCCUUCUUCGCCGUCAUCUUCCUGGCAUCCUACACGGCCAACCUGGCAGCCUUCAUGAUCCAGGAGCAGUACAUCGACACCGUGUCCGGCCUGAGCGACAAGAAGUUCCAAAAGCCACAAGAGCAGUACCCUCCGUUCCGCUUCGGGACAGUUCCCAACGGCAGCACGGAGCGCAACAUCCGUAGCAACUACCCGGAGAUGCACUCCCACAUGGUCAAGUACAACCAGAAGGGGGUGGAGGACGCCCUCAACAGCCUCAAAACCGGCAAACUGGACGCCUUCAUCUACGACGCCGCCGUGCUGAAUUACAUGGCGGGCAAAGACGAGGGCUGCAAGCUGGUGACCAUCGGCAGCGGGAAGGUGUUCGCCACCACCGGCUACGGCAUCGCCCUGCAGAAGGAGUCGCGCUGGAAACGACCCAUCGACCUGGCUCUGCUCCAGUUCCUGGCGGACGGCGACACCCAGAAGCUGCAGACGGUGUGGCUGACGGGCAUCUGCCGCAACGAGAAGAAGGAGGUGAUGAGCAGCAAGCUGGACAUCGACAACAUGGCGGGCGUCUUCUACAUGCUGCUGGUGGCCAUGGGCCUCAGCCUGCUGGUCUUCGCCUGGGAGCACCUCCUCUACUGGAAGCUCAGACACUCGGUGCGCAAGUCGGAGCGCCUGGACUUCCUCCUGGCCAUCAGCAGGGGCAUCUACAGCUGCUUCAACGGCGUGGAGCAGGCCGAUCGCAACGGCAGCAUCCAAAGUCCCGACGUGACCACCAACUACUCCCAGGCCAACAUGCUGAAGAUGCUGAAGACGGCCAAGGACAUGGUGUCCUCCGCCCGGGUGGAGAACUCCCUGGACAGCGCCACCAAGACCCUGGAGACCUGGAGCAGGCGAGGAGCCGACAACAUGCGGGGCGGGCUCCCGCCCUGCGUGGCGGCGGCGGGGGCCGAGGUGUCCCACUGCCGCCUGCCCUACAUCUCCAGCAUCACCGACAACCACUCGCCGUACCCCCAGAGGAGCCGCACCCCCACCUUCCCCGUGCACUACGGCGACGGCGUCACGCAGCCCCUGCUGGAGAAGCCCCGCGUGGUGACCCGGCCCACGCCGCUCCGCUACACGCUGCCCGCCCGCAACCACCAGCACGUCCUGGAGAGGACGCUGCCCAUCUCCAGCCUCAGCACCCCUCACCUCGCCAUGACCGACGCGACCACGCCCACCGCCACCCCCCACCACGGCAGCAGGCUGUAUGUGGAGAACCCGGUCCGCCACCCGGCGUCGCCCUUCGUCGCCUACCGAGAGAUCCAGGUCCCCAACGUCUACGUGGAGCACAAAGCCCCCCUGAGGCGGAAGCUGAGCUACCCCCCUGACUGCGUGAGCCGGAAAAGGCGGAGCCACACCUACAUGUUUGACGCCGCCGACCCGAGAGCGCGAGCCGACUACGACGAACCUCGAUCCUGCUUGGCCGAGCUGAGGGCCAAUCAGCUUCUGAACAACCACGCCCCGGAUGCCGUCACCGUGGCGACCGCCGCCGGACACUACCCCGCCGCCGCCGCCGCCAGCUGCAACUCGUGCAUGAAGUCCUACUUGGAGCCCGAGAUGGACGACGUGCCGCUGCUGGGGAAGGACAAGCUGAACCGCCGCGCCUCCUUCCUGAAAGCCACCUGGGGCAACGACCGCAUCCGGCAAGUGGACGAGACCAAGCCGUCCACGUCGCCCCGCGCCGACAUGCCCGACCUGUUCCCACGCGUGGUGGUGCCCAACGCCAAGCCCCACAAGUUCUAUGGCAGCCUGGGCCACAACCUGUCCUGCUACCCCCUGGCGGCCGAGCCCGCCUACUUGGACCCGGCUCACAUGGGCUCGUACCCCUACAAGCAAAAACUCAAGUACUCGGACUCCACGCGGCUGCCCUCGUACAGGGAGGCCAUGUUGCAGAACGCCGCCGCCUUGCGGCGCUCCUCGUCCACGGUGGUGCACAGACACUACUCCAGCUACCUGAACUCCUACACGGACUUGCCGGUCUACGUGGGCCCGCUGGCCCGGGCGGCACCGCACUUCUACGACGGCCCCAAAGAUGUGUGCCACUUGUUCCCGUGCACCAGCCGCUGCCCGGAGCACGCCGCCAUGUUGCCUCGCGUGAGCGACAGGCCCGUGGCCUACCAGAACAGCAUGUUUGGGGCGGAUGGGGACGAGCCCGGGGUGGCCGGCAGGGAGCGCAGGCAGGUUCUGGUGGCGCGCAGAGUGAACAGUCCGUUUGUGCCAAAGCCCUGGGGGAGGGUCUCCAGCCUGGAGUCGGAGGUCUGAGCCCGCCUCCUUCGGGCUCAAGCAAAAAGUGAACACCAUCAGUGUACUUGGACUGCAAUAAAACGCUGGCAUCGAACACCACCGUCAGAGACUCUCUAUUUAGGAAGCAUUUAACCUCCGGCAUUUUUCAACAAGAUAUACAGUAUAUAUAUAUAUAGAAGUACACUAUAUACAUAUAUAUACAUAUAUAUGUAUAUAUAUAUAUGCACAUAUAUGUUAGCCUCUAAGUCUUAAUCUUAACACUUUUUUCUUGGACUUUUCUAAAAUCAACUUUUAUUUUGGAAUCACUUUAGUCUUCACAGGAAGCAGAAGGGAGCGCAUAUAAUAAAUAAUAACGUCAAGUGUAUUUCCAAAUGUUACACUACCCUUUAAUAAACAACAAGCUCAUCGCCUCUGUCUCCAUGUCCACCGACGCCACCCGACCCCCCCUUCCCCUCAAAAUGUCCACUCGCUCCUCCCACUCGACAGCUUCCUGUUUGCUCUGAUCGACUUGCAAUAAAAGUCCAUGAUUUAAUUGUUAGAUUAGAGUCAGAUUGGGAAUCCUCCCCGUCUCUCUUUAAUUGCCGUUGUUGGCUCGCAACAAAAAAAACAACUAUGGUGCGUUCAAGGACCGCCUGAAAAAACGGCAUCUUUAAAGAUGAGUAUCAUAACCUAUAAAAAAAAAUAAAAUCUGAGAGGUGAGACCGUACCAACCUGAGAACAGGUGAUGAAAGAUUGGAUGACUUUUGGCUGAGUUUCCCCUUCACAUUGUCUCCCAGGUGUUAGUCAUGUGUUUCAUCAGAGCACCUGCAUGCCCAUCACACACACACGCAGGAAGCUCAUUAGCGCAGCGUUGAUGCGUGGACACCCGCUGAUCCUUGAACGCUUCCUGAGA